GGACCUGCGGCGAGGACGUACAGAAGCCGGCACCACGCACCACGCACCGGGCCCCCAGAAAAAGCCGGAUGACGUCACGUCACACGCCACCAUUGUAUCGCGGUAUCGCGCACCGUGCCGGCUGCGAGUCCUUGGAUCCUUAACAAGGAGAACCAACAACCGGAAGGAGCGUUUUCACAAGGUGUGGCCGCUGAGCAGCCAUGACAGCAAACACCUCUGACCUGACCUGGGACGAGUCGUCAGGCGCGGACGCCUUCUUGGCGGCGGACCAGUCGGUGACGUCGCCUCCGCGGGGGUCCCCGCCGCUGACGGCGUGGGGCGUGGCCUUGUGCGCCUCGGGCACGUUCAUCGCCGCCGAGAACGCGGUGGUGGUCACCACCAUCCUGGCCACGCCGUCGCUGCGGGCGCCCGUCUUCCUGCUGCUGGCCAGCCUGGGCCUGGCCGACCUGCUGGCGGGCGUGGCCCUGGUGGCGCGCUUCCUCUUCCUCUUCUGCCUGGAGCCCGGCGACUGGUCCGAGCUGGUGACGUCGGGGCUGCUGGUGACCUCGCUGACCGCCUCGCUGUGCAGCUUGAUGGGCGUGGCCUUGGACCGCUACCUGUCGUUGAGCCACGCCCUCACCUACGGCUCGGGACAGUCGCGCCGCCGCGCCGCCCUCCUCCUGCUGCUGGUGUGGCUGGGGGCGUGCACGCUGGGGGCGGGCCCCGCCAUGGGCUGGCACUGCUUGGACCAGCAUGACUCCUGCUCGGUGGCGCCGCCUCUGACCCGCACGUACCUGUCGCUGCUGUGCGGCGGCUUCCUGGUGGUGGUGCUGGCCACCUUGCAGCUGUACGCCGGCAUCUGCCGCGUGGCCCGGCGCCACGCUCACGCCAUCGCCACCCAGAGGCACUUCCUGCCCGCCGAGCAACCGUAUGCGAGCAAGCGCGGCAGGGGGCGGGGCUUCUCCCGGCUGGUGGUGGUGCUGAGCGUCUUCGUGGGCUGCUGGAUGCCUUUCUCCCUGUGGGGGCUCCUGGGCGACGCCUCCAGCCCGCCCCUCUACACCUACGCCACGCUGGUGCCCGCCGCGGGGAGCUCCUUGCUCAACCCGCUCCUUUACAGCCUGAGGAACAAAGACAUCCGCAUGGUGCUGCUCCACGCCUGCUGCCCGCGCAGGCAGCACACGCACGCCGUGCACGCGCACCCCCCCGUGGACGUGUAGCAAUCUAUGCCAAAACGUAGCGCACGUCCUUGAAUACUCCCCCUCCUCCUUUAUCACCAGAACGUCCUGGACUGUGGCCAUCUUGGACUAUCAUGUUUGUGCCUGGCGUCAAUCAGCCCGCCGUAGCUCCUGCAGCGUGAGACGCUCGUCAAAGAGGCGAUUCACGUGACGCGGUCCGGAUCCAAUGAGGCGUACUUGAAACGUUACUAUUUUGCACAUGUUCGCGUUGCACAACCUUUUUCAGAUGACUAUAAAUAUUUUAUACUGAUGAAUAAUAAAUGUGCUUUU